AUGGAAACAAAAUGUGGUAGGAAAAGGGUGGAAGAAGUAAGGAAUAAACUGGAUUUUGACUCUAGUUUUGUAGUUGAUAGUAAAGGUUUUAGUGGAGGUCUUGCCUUCUUGUGGAAUAGUACUAUUGAUUCCACACUCGAGUCCUUUUCUCAACACCAUAUUUCUAUGAGUUUGAUACAUGAAAGCUCAGCAAAAGGGGUGCUAUUUUCUGGUUUCUAUGGCUCUCCAAUUAUAGCUAACAGACCAGAUAGUUGGAAGUUAUUGAGGAUGAUGAGACCUAAGAUUGAGCAGGCAUGGUUUUGUUUUGGAGAUUUUAAUGAAAUCUUACAUAAGCAUGAGAAGUAUGGGGCCGCCUGUCAACCUUACCAACAAAUGGAACUUUUUAGAGCUACGGUGGACUUUUGCAAUUUAAGUGAUUUAGGUUUUGUUGGGCCUAAGUUCACCUGGUGUAAUAACAAAGAGGGUGCUCAAUUUACCAAGGAGAGACUUGACCGUGUUUUUGGGAAUCUCUUAGGGACUGAAUUUUUUGUUCAUUGCAGUAUUCAGGCCCUUGUAGCCCAAACUUUAGACCAUAGCCCUAUUUUGAUGUCUCUACAGAGUGUGGGAAGGGUUUUGCAUCAUGAGGGAAGGGGUAGGGAGAAGCUCUUCAGAUUUGAAGCUAGCUGGAAUUUACAAGAGGAGUGUAGCAGCCUAAUCCAUUCAAGUUGGAAGUCCACUCAAUCCAAGCUGAACCAGCUAUCUUCUCUGCAGAACUCUAACAAGGGUUCUAAUAAUAAGGAAAUCAAAAACCUUCAGAAGGAUAUUGACAGAUUAUUGGAAGAGGAAAAUGUCAAAUGGCAGCAAAGGGCCAAACAAAAUUGGUUGAGAGAUGGAGACAGGAAUUCUAAGUUUUUCCAUAGGUGUGCUAACCAAAGAAGUAAGACCAAUGAGAUUAGUAAAUUGGUUCUUGAUGAUGGCAGAAUAAUCAAUGAUAUGGAAGGUAUUGCUGAGGCUUUUUGUCAGCAUUAUAUGGCCCUUUUCUCUUCUUUCAAUCCUUGUGGUCUUGAAGCUUGCCUGAGUCAUAUUCAACCUAGUGUAACUGAGGCCAUGAACAACAAUCUCUCGAGCCCUUUCACACUUGAGGAAGUCAAUGAAGCAUUGUUCCAGAUGAACCCUCUGGGCUCUCCAGGCCCAGAUGGUUUUUCAGCUAUAUUCUACCAAUCUCAUUGGGGUGUGGUAGGAGGUGAUGUCACUAAGGCUGUGUUAGAGGUCCUGAACCAUGGAGGGGAUUUAGGGUCCAUCAAUGACACUUUCAUUGUUUUAAUCCCCAAACUGAAAAGUCCCCAAACUGUGCUGGAUUUUAGACCCAUCUCUCUCUGCAAUGUGCUCUAUAAGAUUGUAUCAAAAGUGCUGUCCAACAGACUUAAAAGCAUUCUUCCCCAGAUCAUUUCACCCACCCAGAGUGCUUUUGUUCCUGGUAGAAUGAUUCUAGACAAUGUAAUUGUUGCCUUUGAAGCUUUGCACUCAAUGUCAACUAAAUGGAAAGGGCAACAAGGCUACAUGGCUGUAAAGUUGGACAUGAGUUAUGAUGAGGAUGGGUUUCAAUCCGAGGUGGAUCUCUCUGAUUAUGAAGUGUAUAUUAACAGGUUGUUGGGCCUCUAUGAAAAUGCAUCAGGACAGCAACUCAAUAAGUCCAAGACUUCAAUAUUCUUCAAUGCCAAUACAAGACAAGUACCCAGAGAUCAUAUCCUAGGCAUUACAGGAACUCAAUCCACAUCUUGCUAUGAAACUUACCUUGGCUUACCUGUUCUCAUAGGCAGAUCAAGGCAUGCUGCUUUUAAAGGAAUCUUGGACAGGAUGAGAAACAAGAUUAAUAAUUGGAAAACAAAGUUCCUUUCACUUGCAGGGAAGGAAAUCUUAUUGAAAGCUGUCCUUCAAGCCCUGCCUACUUACUGCAUGGGGGUUUUCAAAUUGCCCAAGUCCUUGCUUCACGAAAUUAAUAGAGUAAUGCAGCAGUUUUGGUGGGGCCAUAUGCAUAAUGAGAAGAAGGUGCAUUGGGUUUCUUGGGGACAAAUGGGGAAAGAAAAGGGGGAAGGUGGUUUGGGUUUUAGGGAUUUUGAGAGUUUCAAUAUGGCUUUGCUAGCAAAGCUAGGUUGGAGACUUAUCCAAUUUCCUGACUCACUAGCUGCCAAGGUUCUUAAAGUGAAGUAUUUUUCAACCUCUGAUUUUCUUCAGGCCAAAGUGGGAGCUAAGCCAUUUUUUAUAUGGAGAAGUCUUUGUGCUACAAGAGAACUUAUUAAGAAGGGUUCUAUAUGGAGGAUAGGUAAUGGUCAGGAUACUAAGAUCUGGAAUUGUAGGUGGCUGCCUCGACCCUCAAGCUAUAUGGUCCAAACUCCUAUCCAGGUCUUGAAUGCAGAAGCUCGAGUUGUUGAACUAAUCAAUGAGGAGACUAAACAAUGGAAUCGAGGCUUGGUAGUAUUUGUUCUUGGGAAUGAGGCUGCUGAAGUUGUUCAUAAGAUUCCCAUAAGUGUUACUAGGGCCAGGGACAGACUCAUUUGGAUGGGGACAAAGGAUGGGCAGUUUACAGUGAAGAGUGCAUAUCACAAGCAGAAGGAGCUGAGGGAAUUGCACAAGGGUCAGACCUCUCAUCGAGCUAAACGUUUUAAGGAUUGGACCGGUUUUUGGAAGUUACAAAUUCCAAAUGUUACUAAAAUUUUCAUGUGGAGAGCUUGUCUUGAGUCUCUUCCUACUCGACUAAACCUUUAUAAGAAAAAAAUUGUUGAUUCCCCUCUGUGUCCCAUUUGCUGUAGAGAAGAGGAGUCAGCCACUCAUGCUUUAUGGAGCUGCUCAUCAGCCAUCGAUGUUUGGAGCCAUGGUCCUAAAGUUCUUCAGAAAUGCUCUAACUCUGUAGGUUGUUUUAAAGAUUUGGUGGAACAGUUUUUUUCUUCAAUUGAUCAGACCUUGAUGGAGCUUUUUUCUAUGACAGCUAGAGGUAUUUGGUUGAGAAGGAAUAAUAUGGUUUUUGAGAAUUCUUUUAUGCAACCCAUGCAGGUUGCAAGACAAGCUGCCAUUCAUUUGACAGAUUUUAAGGCUGUACAGUUUGGUUCAAAGCGAGAGAUUGAGCAAUCACAAGACCAUCUUUCUGUAUGGGUUCCUCCACCAGUGAAUUUCAACAAAAUUAACUGGGAUGCGACAUUGAGUGUUACUCAUAACAAAAUUCGGAUUGGCUUGGUGGCCCGUGACCAUGAGGGCUCCAUUGUGGCUACCAAAAAAUUGUCAAAACCUGGUGUAUUGGAUCCCCUAUUACCUAAAGCUCUUGGUGGCCUUUAUGCAGCUGGUGAUCAUCCAAAAAACUAA